AUGGGUAAAUCAAAUUCAAAGUCUAUUCAUUCUUCUCCUUCCCUCUCUUCAAUAUCAUCGGUAACAUCAAUUCCUAGAAUUCUUAAAACGCACCGUCAAAAAUCUUCUUCUAGUUCAGCACUUACUUACUUUUCUUCAAGUUCUUCAACCCAUCUAUCUUUAAAUUCUCCAAAUUCUUUAAAUACUCAUCUUGAAAUUAUGUCACAAUAUCCUUCAUCAUUACAUGAAAAUUUAUCAAAUUCUGAUGAUUUGGAUACUCUUCAAUAUAUUGGAGAUAGAAAAUAUUGUAAGAGUGGAAUUGAGGAUGUGAACUAUGUGUAUCCAGUCGAUGAUGAUGAAGUUGAUCGGUGCCAAAUGCAACAUUUUUUAAUGAAACAUAUUUGGGAAGGUAAUUUUUCGGCUCCUGUUAAGGAAUUGUUAACCAGUUACGAAACUAAGAUCCUUGAUAUUGGUUGUGGUUCCGGUGCUUGGAUAUUAGAAAUGGCUACAGAAAAUCAGCGCCCUCAAUUUGUAGGCGUAGAUAUUGUUCCACUCUACCCUUCCGAAAUUCAUCCAACCAAUGUAAAAUUCCGUCAAGCAAAUGUUCUUAGUGGCCUACCAUUUGAAGAUGAAACUUUUGAUUUUGUUUACAUGAGGUUUAUGACUUUCGCCUUUACCGUUAAUGAUUGGGAACGUGCAUUAAAAGAAGCUUUGAGAGUUACAAAGAAAGGUGGAUAUGUUGAAAUCAUGGAAACUGAUUUUAGAUGGUAUAACGAAGGUCCAUUCAAUUUAACUUCCAUUAGUGAUUUUCUACGAAGUGAAAAAGAUAUGGAACUCAUUGUAUCCCCCCUUAUCACAAAGACUCUUGCUAAACUCUCCAAUUCUGAACUAAAUCAUGAAAAACGAAAAAUAGCAAUUGGAGAAUGGGGUGGCAAACUCGGAAAAUUAUAUAGAGAACUAUACGGUUGGGGUUCUAGGAAUCUUAGAAAAGUUGUAGCAGAUAGUGGUUUUGACGAAGAAAACUGGGAUGAAACAGUUGAGAUCUGUUUAAAACAAUUAAAUGAUCGAAAGGCUUUUGAUGAGAUUCAUAGAAUGUGGAUCGUAAAAUCUUUAGAAAAUGAAGAAGAAUAA